CUUGUCUUGCCGUCUGCUGCGUGCACAGAAGAAGCCGCAGCCGUGUCGAUUCUGCCCGGCGGAGCCCAACCACCAACGACGGUUGCAACAACAAAGGUUGCUCGCAACGACGUCACCACCCACCACACAGCUGAUCCGAACAACAAACGCAGGUGGCGCCAUUGCGCUCAAAAGACGAUGGCGCCCUCCUCCUUCCUGACGCUGGCCCUUCUUUUGGCGCUGGUGUCUUUUUCCCUCACCGCCGAUCCUUCCGGCGUCCCUCGCGGCAAGAGAAGGCGCAAUUCCGGAGGACGCUCACGGCACUCUCUGCGGGCCGCACCGGGCUACGGCAACCUGCGGAAGGGGCGUGGCGGGCCGCCGCGUCACCUGAGCCGGCCAGAGGAGGACGGCACGGGCUUGGAGGGUCUGCGUCCGGUGCGGGUGGAAACGGGGCCGGGCCGAGCCGGCCUGAGAGAGAACCGAUUGAUGGGUACGCGCAAGGGAAGGGGACACGCCCAACAAUCGCAGCUUCGGAAACAAGGGGGGAGACGGGACAGGGGACGUCAUGGACAAGGCUUGUUUGCGGAGCCCCAGCUGGGCGUGUUACUGGACGAAGGCCCACCUUUGUCCUCCUCUUUUUCGGCCCCCCUGGGCGACGGUGUCUCCUUAAGCUCCGUGACCUUCGGCUCCGGAUCCUCCAUGGUUGCCACGGUGACCAACGGAGAUCCUCCGACGCUACCCCCGGCCUCCACCGAUCUACAGUUCGGACGGGCGAAGGGACAAGGCGAGGUGAUGCCCACCCUGGACAUGGCACUCUUCGACUGGACCGACUACGAGGACAUGAAGCCGGUGGACGCAUGGCCGUCCUCCAAGAAGAAAGACAAAAGACGGAGUAAAAACGUCAGCAGCGGAAACGCCACGGCGGCCUCUGAUGACAUAGAACCGUGUGACCACCAUCUGGACUGUCUACCCGGUUCAUGUUGCGACUUGCGCCAGCACGAGUGCCAAGCUCACAACCGAGGCCUGAACAACAAGUGCUACGACGACUGCAUGUGUGAGGAAGGCUUCCGUUGCUAUGCUAAAUUCCACCGCAAGCGACGCGUGACGAGAAGGCGCGGCCGCUGCGUGGUGCCCGAGUCGGUCAGUAGUGACCGAGGGGGCUUCAUCACCGUCUGAGGAGGAAGAGGACGCCGCGACGCACUCGAGGAAGACGCCGACUGCGACCACUCGGACACGGGCGACGAGUGGAUGUAAACGGGCAGACAUUUGCAAGCACAAGGGAACGCCAAACCCAUAAACCUGACCCCCAACCUUAACCCAAGUGUAACCCAACCCAUCCUGAAUAUCAUCUGCAAGGUGAUUCCUAGUAACAAAUAGCAUUUGUAUAUAUGAAGUUGAACUCAAUUUUACUGAUCCGCUCCUGAAAUAUUGCUUAUUUAUUUAUUUUGUGUCUUGUGCUUCUACAACCUUGGUUGCGUCCAAGAUUAAACGUUUUGUUGUGUAACAAAUGA